AUUAGUGUUUCUGGUUUUUGUGUCUCCUUCCAGUUUCGCAUCAUGUCCUGGCUGUGAUGGUGGAGGUGUAUGAGGGGGCAAAGUCUGUCCUGCUGCCCUGUCAGUACACAGGUUUUGUAGUUGAGGACCCCACAAUGAUAUGGACUCGCACUGAUCUCAACCCCAAAUCUGUCCACCUGAGACAAGAAGAAACUGAUGAUCUGAGCGGACAAAACCAGCGUUACAGCGGGCGCACGUCAAUGAGGCCUGAUGCUCUGGACACUGGAGACUUCAGCCUCACUCUGAGAAACCCCCGACUGACUGAUAGUGGCGACUACACCUGCUCCAUCCGCACUGAAAGGGAGGAACUGAAACUGACAGACGUACAGCUGCAUGUCAAAGACCAGCAGGUGGAGGUGAAGGUGGAGGAAGGCUCAGACUCCGUCAUCCUGCCCUGCAACACAACACCUGACCUGCCUGAGGACACCACAGUGAAGUGGACUCACUCUGACCGAGAACUCAUGAUGGUCCACGGGUGUUCAAAUGGAAGCGACCACCAGGACGACCUUUACUGUGGUCGCACGAAGAUGAACGAAGACCUGCUGAGAACUGGAGACCUCAGCCUGACCCUGAAACACCCCACAGAGAGAGACAGUGGAGGAUACAUCUGCACCAUCUACAGGGACAAAGACAUCCUGAGACAGAAAGUAGUGCUGCAGGUCAAAGAACCAUUUCCAUCCUGGGCCACAGCUCUCCUGGUUCUCCUGGUUCUUCUUCUAGUAGUUUCUGCGGGUCUUUUAUUUCAAUUCCGUCAUUAUUUGGUGUCAGGUGAGUGUCUCCUCCUACACUACCCAUAAUGCCGAUGGUUAGCAGAGCUGAAGAGAAACUUCCAAGUUUUUUCCUGAAGUCAGAAAACCUCCUUCAGACUCCGUCAUUGAUCAGUGAACUCAAUCAAAACACUCUGUUCACUGAUCAAUGAUGGAGAAACAGUCUAACACUUGUGUCUCCAUCAUGCUCCAAAACGUUGUUGCUUUGACUCUCGUCUGGGGGUUUUUAUGAAGAUGAAGGAAUCCAGAAGAAGUGUAAUAAUAACAAUAUUCAAGAACAUCGGUGAGGUGCAGAUUGUUUGCAAUAUUUGGUUAAAGGUGCCUUAGUGAGUUGCACUUCAAUGAAAAGUACUCAUAUGAAUGGGGAUUGAAAUUUUUACUCAAUAAGACAAAGAUGAUGUUUUUUAUAAGGAAAAGGUAGAAAAUGAGGUCAGGCACAAGUUACAAGACCAAGUUAAAUGUUAUGCGAUUUAAACAGUUCAAGUUUGUGGUUCUCAACAAUGACGUGGAUGAUACAUUUUAGUAAGGUGUUAAAUAUGAGAUGGUUAAUAUGAGCAGCAGACAGGAUUUCUCUCAGAGCUCUGUAGACUGUGUUGAUCCGAUGAGUGUUGGACCGUAGAUGUGUACUAUUUAAUUCAGCAGCAGACAGUAGGUUCACAUUGAUGGAAAAGAAGAGCAAAGAUGGAGUUUUAACUUUAAACUCACAUAUCAUGCAGGCUUACACUUUUUAAGUUCUGUCCAAAUCUAUAAAUAAAAGAAUACAUGUGAUCAAACCAGGUCAGCAUUCAUUGUUCCAGAGCUUCAUGUCAAAGCAGGAAAAGGGUUAAAGAUGAAUGUUCAGUAUACACAGG